AUGCCCACGACCCUAGGUGUAGCCAAAAAGGUGUCCUCGACUCAGGUCUUGACACUGGGGCACAAGGUGCGAGAGCUGGAGCGCCAAAACACCGGACUAUCAGGUGAGCUGUCCAAGCAAACGGAGGACACCCGGAAGGCGGGCCUGCUCUUCAUGAAUGCUGCCGAUAGGUACCAAGAGGAAGCUAAGAAGCAAAUUAGGGCAAAGGCAGAGGAAUUGGAGAACACGAGGAAGGCAGGUCUGAUGCUAAUGAACACCGCUGAUACAUACCAAGAAGCGGCAAUGAAGCAAAUUAAGGAGAAGGCGGGGGAGCUGGAGGACGCGAGGAAGGCGGUUUUGGCGCUCAUGAAAGCAGCAGAUGCGUACCAGGAAGAAGCGAAGAAGAAAAUUAAGGAUAAGGUGCAGGAGCUGAAGGUCAUGGGGGCACAGAAGGCAGAGCUGGAUGCGAGGGUAGAAUCUUUGGAGUCAAGGCUCAAGGCAGCUCUGGCAAAGAACUUGGAGUUGGAGGAUGAUUAUGGUAAGGUGCAGGCUGCAAAUGAUAACCUUCGGCUGGAGGUUGAGAAAGAUGCAUCUGCAAAGGCAUUUGAUGCUGAGAAGGAAGAAAUCUUGACGGAAUUGGAGGACCUUAAGAUGAAGGUGGAGGUAACUCAAGCCAACAAGGAUUUGAUGGAGGGUGAAAAUGAUAAACUUCAAUUGGACGCUUUCACAGGAAUAUAGCUUGCUGGAAAGCAUGAGCUGAGAUGCUCAACAUGCAAUUAGGUACCUUGCCUCAGGCGAAGGAUGUAGAAAUCAUGAGAUAAUAAGGAUCCCUCAAGCGGAAACUUCCGAGCCAUCAAGCAUUUGGUGAAGGCAAGCUCUGGUCAUCGGAGGUUUUGGUAGCAGAGCAUAGUCAUAAAUUCUUUCAGAAGCUGAGGUUGAGAGGCUUAAGAAGAAUAUUUAGCCCGUAUUGUUACCUUGAGAACAUUCAUCACAUCCUCUUUUUAGUAGAAAAAUACUAAAAAAAAUUGGUGUUGGA